CACCUUGUUGUGAUGUUUUAGGAAUGUUUUUGUUAAUUCUAACUUCAGGUGUAUUUACAUCUGCCCGGAUAGCUGGAACAACUGAACCAGACCCUGUGUCAUUACUAUGUACUUGCUCAAGGAUAAACUUUGCUGAGAGGAAAUAUGGAGGCACCACGUUUGAUAUUCAAGCAGAAAUAAAUUUUCAAAAUCUGAAAUGUAGAGAGAAUGCUGAACGCCUUCGAUGGAAUCCAAUAGCUUCUAUUUACAUAGGGAAUAUUACAACAAUCCUGGACAGCGGCACCAUAAAAUGCAGUGAUUAUAAGAGUCUUUGUCAGAAGAACUUCAGUUUCACAGCAAUUCCUCCUAAUCAAAAUAUCAUCGUUUGGAUCCAGACAAAAAUUGACGAUUUCAACUUUUGUCAACCCAUUGUGAUGCCAACAGCUUCUGUCCAAAUUACACCUAAUUAUAGCCUGGAAACAAUACAACAAGAGUCUCAGCCAAGCAAAUCAUCGUUUCAACCCUCAUCCUUUGACUACGUGAUAUUUGUGGCUUCUUUUCUCAUUUUAUUAAUGAUUGCAUUUGUUGUUUGGUUUAACUUUUUUCGAAAAAGGCGGGAAGCGAAAGCGAAGCUGAAUAUCACACCUGAUGCUGCAUCAUCUCUAGAGAGUUUGAUGGAGUCUCCGUUAAGGCUUUCACAUACAUUGGAUAGAGACAUCGUAGUAGUUGCAAUGCCAAAUCAGGGAGAAACUAGGUUUCUGCAGCUUUUCAAUGAAAUAAAGUCAAGAAGUAAUGUCCGCCUUGUCAUUCCUGAAAAUUGUGAAAUGGAUAUAUUUAAAAACAUGGACAUAUGGAUUUCUAAUUGUAUCAAAAAAUAUCAAAGGUUCCUGGUCCUGUUAACCUUGGAUCUGGUGUCUGAUGAAGAUGUCAGCUGUUCGAGUCCUUUUUGUGAAGUAAAAAGAAUUCUUUUUCGACGGCUGUUGUUGAAUGUAAACAGUACUGAGGAAAUAACAAAGAAAAGACUAUUUUAUAUUUUUCUGGAUCCGCCUGUUGAUAUUUUACAUUAUGCCUCUCAAGGAUUGACCGAGUCUCAACCUUACAAACAUACAUACGAUCUUUCACAAGAAGGGAAUUGUCUAGAUCAAACUAGCAGGCUUUUGUCUGAUCUAAUGAAUAGUUUUUGA